AUGUUUGACAGCGGCGCGUAUGCCGAAGCUUCUCAGCGCCUCCGAGUUCUCUCCUUGCCGCCUACCAUGGAUGACGGCAAGCUAGCACUCCUCGUCACUACAGGCCUCAUGGUUGCUGUAUACUACUCCAUCUCUACCCUGUGGGAGUAUGUGCAGAGCCGAAAAGCAAGUUUGCUACCCACUGUUGGAUACCGCCACUUCCUGGAGCCAGCCUGGCUAUUGGGUAUGCGAUUUACACAAGGCAGCCGAGAAAUGAUUACCCAGGGCUACCACCAGUUCAAAAACAGUGCCUUCAAGGUCCGCUGCAACGACACCGACAUCGUAGUCCUCCCCCACCGUUUCGUGGACGAGCUUCGCAGCCUUCCCGAGGCCACAGCCAGCUCCCCGCAGGCUCUCUACAACAAAGGCGUCGGGACCUACACUGGCCUCGGCAUUAUCCUCCAGAGUCGUCUACACAUCGAAACGAUCCAAAAGAAGCUAACCCCGUCUCUGACCGCCGUCCUCGACGAGGUCAAGGACGAACUCGAUCAUGCCCUGGCGCUAGAAAUGCCCGCGUGCGCAGACACCUGGGUGUCUAUGGACAUGCACACCGCCCUCGCGAGGCUCAUCAGUCGUCUCUCCUCCCGCGUCUUUGGCGGCAUGGAGCUUGCCCGCGACGAGGAAUGGAUUAGUACGAGUACGAAAUACCCGGAAAAUGCAUUUGCGACGGCCAUGCUGCUGCGUAUGGUGCCGCGGGUGGCUCGUCCUGCGCUAGCGCUGUGUCUACCGCAUUUCUGGCGGACGCAGGCCGACAUUGCCUGCGCCAAGCGACUGGUCGGUGCCAUGGUAAAUCAGCGCCGUGCCUCCGAAAGCACAGACGGGGAUCUAUACGACAGACCAAACGACUUGCUGCAGUGGAUGAUGGAUGCUGCUGACCCUCGCGAUGCUACGGCUUCCAAGAUUGCGCAUCGUCUCCUCUUCGUCAGCGAUGCCUCGGUCCUGACGACUAGCCUGCUGACAACGCAAUGCAUCUAUGACUUGUGCGCGCGUCCAGAGUACUUUGAGAUCCUACGACAAGAGAUUCUUGGUGUCUUGAGAGAGGGCGGUAGCUUCCAAAAGACGAUGCUGCACAAGAUGAAGAAACUAGACAGCUGUCUAAAGGAAUCGCAGCGUUUGAACCCGCCGUUUUUGUUGACUUUUGACCGUAUCCUGCGCCAGGAUCUGACUCUAUCCGACGGCACACGCCUCCGUGCGGGAACCCACAUCGCCAUGGCCACCGAUGCAAUCCUGCGGGAUCCCGAGUUCCUCCCGCCCGGCGGCGGCAGCCCCGACGAAUUUGACCCUUUGCGCUAUUAUAGGGCCCGGCAGGAUCCAUCCCAGCCAGAAAAUGCGCAGAGGUACCAGUUCGUAACGACAGAAAUCACGAGUUUGCCAUUUGGGCACGGCAAGCAUGCCUGUCCCGGCCGCUUCUUUGCGAGCAGCGAGGCAAAACUCAUCCUUUGUCAUCUGCUACUCCUUUAUGAUUUCGAGUUCCAUAAAGGCCAGACGCGCCCGCAAAAUCUGCUCCUCGCAGAAAACAUGGUGCCGGAUCCGAAGACGAGAGUCUUGGUCCGCAAGAGGAAGACGGCAGACCAGGACCUGGCUCAUUUUUCCUUGAGCGUGUAG